AAGUUGGGUUUAUGAAAUUAGGAGUACGGGUCAAUACCGGUCAUCUUGUUAGGGUUUGAAAUAGAAAAGCACGGGUGAGAACAUCUGAAGACCGAAGAUUAAUUCAUCUUCUUCAAUUGCUUGAAUCGAACGGGUAUCUAUAAACUGUAAUGUUCAACAUCUUCCUCAUUUUACUCUCUCUCUCUCUCUGUACCCCUCUAUGAACAUCACACGAAUAGAUUAUUCUUACUCUUUACAGUUCGUUAGGCUUGUAAUUUCAGCUCCAUAAUCAAUGCACAUUCACCUUUUAGUUUGCUAAAUCGGUUGCUUUUCUGUUUUGUUAUGGAUUCUUUGAUGUUCAAUUGCAGAAAAAAAAUGAUUUUAAAGGUUACUUUGCUUCACAUUUUAUCUGCUAAUGGUGUAUAUGUAUGCGUGGUUUUGUUUAAUUUGCUUCAAUUUAGGAUUUAGGGAUAUAUUUUAUUAUUCAUUUUGGAUCAGUGAAUUGUUAUUGAUUGCAUCUGAAUGAUUUUAAACGUGUAUUGACCCGUGUUCACAGAGCGCCUCGUUUCUACUCUCGCAACCCAUAGUAAUGAAAUCCUCAUGGUUCUUUCAAGGUGCCUACCCUCGAUUCGUCUCAGGCCUGGUGUCUGGGAAUAUCUAAGAGUCAACGUCAAUGCCCUCGCCGUCGAGGAGUCUGUUGGUUUAUGAUCUUAAACAGUUUAGCUAAAUGUUUUAGUGUUGAUUAACUGAGACCAUAUUGUUUGUUGGUUUAUGAUAUAAAACAGUUUGACAAGGAGGCAUUAUUAUUGAGGUCAGAUCUUUCUAUGAAAAUAAAUAAGCCGCAAACACAGUUUUUUUUUUGCAAAACAUUGACGGCUAGUGAUACGAGCACUCAUGGAGGAUUCUCUGUACCUCGCCGAGCAGCUGAAAAAAUAUUCCCCCCUCUGAAACUUCUUAUAGGUUGAGAAAUAUACAGUCCUUGUUGGAAACCGGCUGAGUUUUUUCAGUUCGAUUGGCUUUCUAAACAUUGCCUCCGGGUUAAAGAAAACGAGCAGGCCUUUGCUCACCUUGCAGAAUGGAUUCCACAAAGCUAAUCCCUCUCAUGAGAACCGUAGCUGAAUCAAAAUCCAUCAAACAUGCCCAACUCAUUCACCAAAAAAUAAUCACUUGCGGCCAGCAAAACAACAUUGCAAUAUGCAAAAACCUCAUCACUCUCUUGUUUUCCUGCCAACUGUACAAAUCUGCAAGCCUCGUAUUUCAAUCCAUUGAAACCCCUUCAGACAUCACUCUAUGGAACACUUUGAUUUCAAAUUACACAAAAACUUACAUGUUUGAUGAAGCCCUUCAAGUCUUUGAGAAGCUGCUGCACUACAGUUUCUUGAAACCGGAUAGUUACACGUAUCCUAGCGUUUUAAAGGCUUGUGGUGGACUGAGGUUUGUUAACUUCGGUAGAAUGGUUCAUAUGCAUUUGGUGAAAAAUGGGUUUGUGGCAGAUGUUGUUGUUACGAGUUCUUUGCUUGGUAUGUAUGCGAAAUGUGGUAGAUUUGGGUUGGCAGUCAAGGUGUUUGAUGAAAUGCCUGUGAGAGAUGUGGCUUGUUGGAAUACUGUGAUAUCUUGUUAUCAUCAAGACGGGCAGUAUGAGAAAGCGUUAGGUUUGUUUGGGACGAUGAAGGAUCACGGGUUUGAGCCUGAUUCGGUGUCGUUCACCACGGCUAUAUCGGCCUGUGCUAAGCUUACAGAUCUUGAAAGAGGAAAAGAGAUUCACGAUGAAGCGGUGAGGAAUGGUUUUGUAUCAGAUCGGUUUGUUCAAGCUGCUUUGGUUGACAUGUAUGGGAAGUGUGGUUGUUUAGAAACGGCUGUGCGAGUUUUCGAGCAAAUCCCGGUUAAGAAUUUGGUUUCGUGGAACUCUAUGAUCGCAGGAUAUAGUACAAAGGGUGAUAGCAAAUCUUGCAUACGUCUUUUGUCAAGGAUGAACACCGAACAAACAAAACCGAAUUCCACAACGUUAAGCAGUUCACUUAUGGCAUGUUCUAAAUCAUCAAACUUGAAACACGGGAAGUUCAUCCAUGGUUACAUAAUAAAGAACAACAUAAAACCGGACACCUUUAUUUACACCUCGUUACUAGACAUGUACUUCAAAUGCGGAGCAACUUCGUCAGCCGAAUACGUCUUUGAAAAAACGCCUAAAACAAAUGUUGUCGAGUGGAAUUCGAUGAUCUCUGGGUAUGUAACAGUAGGUUUGUAUCUUGAAGCACUUGGCGUUUAUAACGACAUGAUUGCAGCGGGGGUAGAACCUGAUUCCAUCACAAUUACUAGCACUUUGGCAGCGUGUUCACAGCUCGGAGCCCUGGAGCGCGGUAAAGAGAUUCAUGAAUCCGUUAUCUUUGGCAAGUUUGAAUCAAACGAAAUAGUUAUGGGCGCACUUUUAGACAUGUACACAAAAUGCGGUGCGGUAGAUGAAGCUCAACAAGUUUUCGAUAAAUUACCGGAACGAGAUUUAAUUUCUUGGACUACUAUGAUUACAGCAUACGGGGCACACGGGCGAGCAUUUAACGCACUUCAACUCUUUCAAGAAAUGAAGAAAUUGAAUGUAAAGCCAGACAGAGUUGUGUUUUUAGCGGUUAUUUCGACUUGCAGCCAUGCUGGAUUAGUUGAUGAAGGGUGUUAUUAUUUUAAUCAAAUGGUUAACGAUUACGGGAUAAAACCGAAUAUAGCGGAUUACUCGUGUCUAGUGGAUUUACAUGGUCGUGCGGGAAGAUUACAUGAAGCUUAUGAUAUUCUUCGAAGAAAUGCAAGCAUUAGAGAUGAUGUUGAGCUUUUGAGCACGUUGUUUUCUGCUUGUUAUUUGCAUGGGGAUUUAAAAUUAGGUGAGGAAAUAGGGGGUUUGCUUAUUGAUAAAAAUCCUGAUGAUUCAUCGACGUAUAUUGUAUUGGCUAAUAUGUAUGCUUCGAUUAAGAAAUGGGAUAAAGCAAGGAAAGUGAGACUGAAGAUGAAAGAGAUGGGAUUGAGGAAGAAUCCUGGGUGUGCUUGGAUUGAAAUUGACAAAAAGAUUGAACCGUUUUUUGUGGAAGAUAAAUCCAUCCCGAAAGCUGAUUUGGUGUAUAAAUGUCUAUCGAUUCUUUCUCGUCAUAUGAGCAAGGAUGAGGUUUUGUUUCUAAACGUUAUAUCAGAUAUGUAUAUGUAUGAAUGUUGAUUGAUUUUUGUUACUAAUUCUAUUAGAGUUUUUUCUUUAUCAAAUUUGUGAAACGGUA